AUGCUUCUCUGAUCCCUGAAAACGCUAUUGAUAAUCGUCGUCUGUGUAGCCCAUUCUUCACAGACGCCAGUUUUCGGUCUCAACCAGUGGUGGUGCCGCUCUUCGUUGCUCCGAGUUGGGAUUUGGCCAAUUUUGAUCGAGCUAGUCUCUGGCAAUGCUGAGGGGUUGUUGGGAUAACUUUGAAUUGUUGCUGAGCACCGAAGAAAUGGGGGAAAGUCGGGACGAGGGGCGCAAGCUGAAAGUCCUGAUGGGCACUUGUGGCUGGAGUGAUCACACACUUUUGAAGUGCGGGCGGUUUUACCCAGCAUCUGUGCGAUCAGCUGAAGAUCGACUCCGCCAUUACAGCACUCACUUUCCAUGUGUUGAGGUGGACACUUCUACCUAUGCAAUUCCAUCGAAAGUUUCGGUUCGGCGGUGGUUACAAGCAGUACCUUCUGGCUUUAUCUUCCACUUCAAAGCCUUCGGUCUAUUUUGUAGCAAAUCCUGUCCUAUUACAGCAAUUCCUGGAGAAAUUCGGACCAAGUUGUCGUUUGCUGGGAGUGAUGAUUACGUAAAACUCUCGAGCUUAUCUACAGACAUUCAGGAUGAAAUAUGGUCAUCAUUCAAUAGUACUUUGGAGCCAGUCUUCACAGCUGGCUCCCUUGGAGUGGUUCUAUUUCAGUUUCAUCUAUCAUUCAAGCCAAGCUUGGAGAAUCGAACGCAUGUGUUGUGGUGUCGCCGCCAGUUGGAUCCUCGAUUUGAAAUGGCAGUUGAAUUCCGAAACAGAGAUUGGUUUGUCGGUGAGCAAUUUCAAGCAACGUGUGAGUGGUUGAAGGCUAACAAUAUGGCCUUGGUUGCAGCUGACGAGCUAGCUCAUGAAACAUUUCAAAAAGACCGGGAGCAGACUGGUCUUCCUUACGGCCAGAGUCGGGAAGUUCUUCCCGUUGCUUGGGCUGUUACAAAACCCAGUUUCCAUUACAUUCGUGUGCACCGUCGGGAGGGUUGCAAGCGAAUGCUGUCAGAUUCAGAGCUUCAAACAUGGGUAGCUCGUUUACAAUCAAAACUCCCAGAAACUCUGCAGGGACCCGUAUACUUCAUGUGGGGUACGGACUGGGAAGAUCAACCAAUCCUCAAUGCACAAAACCUGAAGCAAUUCUUGCCUGAAAGCAUGAUUUUCAACUGGAAAGCUGCGCAACUGCAAAAUCCUGCAAAAGGCAGCUUACUUUCUAUGUUCAAGUCACCACAGACAGCAAUGCAAACUGCAUCAGAUUCUGUACUCUACAAGCAACCUGCUACUCCCACGGAUGACGUUUCACCUAUAGCUCUUUUGGAAAUGAAUAAAAACACAGAUUUUGGGUGUUCAAAUGCAAAUCUCGGAGAUGCACAGAAGCGCAUACUUGAACAACCGGCUGAAAUGCACGGGUUCACAAAGAAAGAUGCAGUCUUCCCUCCACCCAAGAAAGCGAAGCCCUCGCCGAACAAGAAAAAAGGCAAUGCUGGGUCCCCGACUAUUACUUCCUUCUUCAAGUAUGCUCGUUGAAGAAUACAAUAUAGUAAUUGAAGAAGCACCAGAUAGUAUGAUUUUUCCCCUCCAGCCACAGCCCGAGAGCGCGUACAUGAAGUGCUGUAUAUUGACAGGAUGGAUUAGAGACAAAGGCGAUCAAGUUCAAAGUGAGGAUUCACAUGUUAGUGUUACACAUUGCAGGCAAUUGCAGUGUACUGUUUGGUAGGUGAUGAAGGCCUGCACGGCUAUGACCAGCGAAGGACAGAUUUAGCUUUUGCCUGGUCCUUGUGUAUAGUAAUCUGUUCUUACAUGUAAGAUCAUAUGUCAUAGUGUCUUUGAUUGAUGCCCAGCCCUCCCACCAAAUGAGGGUUUCGACACCACCAUUUUUUGGGUGCACGUUGAUACUAAGUACUGCUGGCAGAUAUAUGUAGUUUAUCACAUACUGUUUAAUAUUGUGCUAAACUGUUUUGUUAAGGCUCAGGCUACAAGCGCA